AGAGAUUUAGGCCCACUUGUGUUCAGCAGAUGAUGUCAGUUUGUGCCCAGACAUCAUGCUUUCACUUCCGCAAACGACAGAAGCAGUUUGGCACCUCGUUGUCCUGCUGGAGAAGCCUUGUGUGACACCGCCAAGCGAAACCAAAUCAGCAGUGGUGGGUUUGUGGGCUUGGAGAACAGACACCACGAUUCCCAAAUAGGGAGUUGUGGUAUUAUAGAACCGGACUCCAUUUACCAACUCAAUGGCAGGCUUUGACCCUCGCCACUGACGUCAGUUAGCAUGAUUGGAUACUACAACAAACCACAGUCUAUGGGCCCGUGUCUGGAUGAAUGACUUUGGGGAAAAGGUGCCAUUAUUCAAACCAUACAUGCUAUGACAUACUGCUGCACAUAGACACACACCAACGUGGACACACACACACACAUAAAGCCCCUCUUAAAGACACGCACCAUGUACGUAAACUCCUCGGGAACAGAGAACGUUUCCUUGUCCCUCACCUUCCUGGGGAAGAAAGUUGGAAGGCGCUGCGCUGUUGCCCCGGCAUCAAAACAACGCGCUUGGGAAACCACCACCCUGUCCCCAUGCCCCGAGGACACGGUGGGCUCCCUGCGGGGUCGCCCUGCCCCCGUGACCGUGUCGCUGGUGGAGGAGUUACCGGGCAGCGUGCCGGACCUCCGAGAGGAGGUGGUUCACCAGCAACCGUGCACGGUCCACAACACACACUUGGACCAGGACCAGGACCGAGGUAAAAUCCGCGUGUUCUGUCGUAUCCGCCCGGCGAGCCGCGCCGAGGCGGCCCAGGGCGGGGCCGUGGUCGUGCAGCGUCUAGACGACUACUCCGUGACCGUGGAAACGGCCCGCGGGCCCCGGGAGUUCCAGUUCGACCGGGUGUUCAGCUCGGAGAGCUCGCAGGAGGACAUAUUCCAGGACACCAACAGGCUGAUCCAGUCAGCCAUAGACGGCUACAACGUGUGUAUCUUUGCCUUCGGUCAGACUGGAUCAGGGAAGACCUACACCAUGGUGGGGGACAAGGAGCAGAAGAGCCCUGGAAUCAUGCCCCGGGCCUUCAACGCCAUAUUUGACAUCAUCCAGGAGAACGCUGACAAGUUUGAUUUCAAGGUCUCGGCCUACAUGCUGGAGCUGUACAACGACCAGCUGCAGGACCUGCUAGCGAGCGGCCCCGAGGGCAGAGGCCGGCGGCUGGAGAUCAAGAGGACCAGGAAGGGGCUGGUGUUUGCCCAGGGAGCAGACACCAGAGACGCCUCCAGCGCCACCGAGCUGUUCGCUCUGUUCCAGCAGGCCUGCGCCAACCGCCACAUCUCCUCCACCAAGAUGAACGUGGAGAGCUCUCGCUCACACCUCAUCGUGGGCAUCGUGGUGGAGGGCAGGAACCUGACCAAUGGCAGCGUGAGCUGUGGUAAACUGAGUCUGGUGGACCUGGCCGGCAGCGAGAGGGCCGCCAAGACCGGCGCCAAGGACCAUCAGCUGAAGGAGGCCAACUCCAUCAACAAGUCCCUGAGCGCCCUGGGCGACGUGAUCUCGGCACUGUCCCUGGAGCUGCCCCACGUGCCCUACAGGAACAGCAAGCUGACCCAGAUCAUGCAGGACUCCCUGGGGGGCAACGCCAAGACCCUCAUGAUCGCCAACGCCUCGCCCUCCGAGUGCAACGUGGACGAGACCCUCACCUCCCUCAUCUACGCAACGCGAGUGAAGGCCAUCACCAACAACGCCCAGAGGAACCUGGACAGCAAGGAGAUAGCCCAGCUGAAACAGGUGAUAGUGAAGCUGCGCUCGGGGGAGACGGUGGAGGAGGAGGACGUCUGA